AUGACUUCAAAAUACAUGCAAUUAGCAAAGGAGAUUGUGAAAAACUUUGGUAGCAAAGGACAAUUUGCAUCGGUUGCUGGUGCUGGAAAUGUGAGAGCAGUUCAUGCUGAAGAAGGAAACAUUCGAGUGGAAUUCGAAGUGGAGAAAGAUCAAACAAAUCAUUUCGAAACUCUUCAUGGUGGAUGCACUGCAACACUCAUUGACAAUUUCACCACUGCGGCACUUCUCCUCACCAAACAAGCGCGACCAGGAGUUUCCGUUGAUUUGCAUAUCACUUAUUUGACCGCUGCAAAGAUUGGUGAGACUCUUAUUCUCGACUCAACUGUUACCAAACAAGGACGAACUCUUGCAUUCACGAAGGCAGAGUUGUAUCGCAAACGAGACAACACGAUGAUCGCCACGGGAGUUCACACUAAGGCAUUCCCAGCAAUGAAGAAGACCGAGUGA